AUCCGAAUAGAUUUUUAAACGAUUUAUAGUAAUUAAUGACCCUUUUUUAUAUAGAAAUAAAAGGAACACUUAGAAGAAAGACUUUUUAAAUUUGGUAAGACAAAAAAGUGGCAUAUGACUCCCUAUCCCUACCUUUAAUCUUCGCAGUCCUUAGGCCGGUAGCUGAAGCGAAAGUGCUUCGCUUAUAGAUUGUUAGGUUAGGUAAGGAGCGUAGUAAUUUCGCUCCUCGGAUUUUCUAACACGUCUGCUUUACAAAAUAAUCCACGUCCGGGCACACAAUAAAAUUGGCCACACUGGCGUCAGCAGGUAUUAACACAUUUUGUAUAAAUCUAACCAAACAAAUUAAGAUUCCAAAGUCCGCUGUGAACAAGUUCAAGUCGCGUGUAUCUAGUAUAGAAAUGACGUACAUAAUUACACGUGGUGAUGAAGUCUCAAUAAAUUUUGUAGAUGUUUGUAGCUUUAUGUCCUUAAAAAACUGAAGUCUAUUUAAACCCUGUACCUUAUUGGGAGUCGAACUCUUUUGCGUGCGAAUUGUCAUUAAUUUGACAAAAAAUAAGGACAAAAGAAGAAGAAGGAGAAAAGUCAUAUUGGUUAACCCUAGUGAAAUAAUACAUAAUUUAGAUAUGUCUUUUUGCACCUAGAAAAAUCAAAGUUAAUACAUAGUAAAAUGCUAAGUGAAGAACUUCUUUUAAAUUGUUCUAAAGUCACUAAUAUCACAACAGAACAUCUCAUGGAGCUGGUAAAAGAAAAUCAAAACAAUGACGAUGCAAGCGAUGCUACCUGGAUUUUAACAAGUGCUUUCAUCAUCUUCACGAUGCAGAGCGGAUUUGGCUUGCUCGAAGCAGGCACCGUAUCAAGUAAAAAUGAAACGAAUAUUAUGGUCAAAAACGCACUUGAUGUUAUAUUUGGCGCAUUGGGUUAUUGGGUGUGCGGGUUUGCAUUCAGUUUUGGAGACGAUAAAAAUUACGCCAAUGGGUUUUCCGGCUUUGGUAAUUUUUUCGUUGACGUCACAAAUGAAGAUUUUGGUCAUUUAUUUUCAAAGUAUUUUUUUCAACUCUCUUUCGCUACGACAGCCACUACAAUUGUAUCGGGAGCAAUGGCCGAACGCACUAACUUAAAAGCGUAUAUGUUUUUUUCUCUUGUUAAUUUCUUAUCCUAUGUGUUUCCUGCACACUGGAUAUGGGAUAAAAAUGGUUUUCUUAAAAAACGUGAUGUUGUUGAUGUGGCAGGAUGCGGACCAGUACAUAUCGUUGGAGGGUCAUCAGCUCUUAUUGCUACAAUCAUGUUGAAACCAAGGCAAGGCAUUUUUGAUAAAAAUGCUGUGAAAGCAAACAUGGCGUCGCCAACAAAUGUGAUGCUUGGUACAUUUAUGUUGUGGUGGGGAUGGCUUGGUUUUAAUUGCGGCUCCACAUUCGGUGUUAGCGGAGGUAAAUGGAAGCUGGCUUCCAGGACGGCUGUUAUAACGGUAAAUGGUUCGGUUGGUGGAGGGUUAUGGUCUAUUAUUUAUUGCUAUUGUCUGACAAAACGUUACAACAAGAAGCUGGACGUUUCAAUAUUCACAAGCAGUAUUCUUGGAGGGCUGGUAUCAAUCACAGCCAUAUGCGGAGUGUGUAGACCCUGGGAAGCGCUUUGCAUCGGUUUUGUUGGAGGUAUGAUCACGUGUUACGGAUCAGUUGCAGUAGAGGCUUUGAAAAUUGAUGAUCCAGUUACAUGUAUUCCUAUACAUUUGUUUUGUGGCACCUGGGGCCUGCUAGCAGUUGGGUUAUUUGCGAACAAAGACACCAUUGGUGGAUUAUCAGCCAACGACGGUGUACUAAAGGGUGGAAAAAUCAAUUUUUUGGGUUAUCAAUGCCUGACUAUAGUAUGUGUCGCUGCCUGGUCAUGCAUAGCUACUUCGAUUCAGGUUAGUAAGGAUUUUACAAUCAUUUUUGCGAAUUUUAUUUCAUUUUGAAUAGCGCCGCCCUGCA